AGGGGGAGCUGUGGUCAGGGAACUGCUCAUGGGCACAGCUGCGCAGUUCAGUCUGUCAGGGCGACUGUCUGAUCGCCAGUUCCCAGCUCCGAAGCCUCUGCCCAAGAUGAUGCCAGCCGUGGUCUUGCUCUUGCUCCUUCUGGUCGAACAAGCAGCUGCCCUGGGAGAGCCCCAGCUCUGCUAUAUCCUGGACGCCAUCCUGUUUUUGUAUGGUAUAGUUCUCACCCUGCUCUACUGUCGACUCAAGAUCCAGGUCCGAAAGGCAGCUGUAGCCAGCCAUGAGAAAGCAGAGGCUGUUUACACGGGCCUGAAUACCCGGAACCAAGAGACAUACGAGACCCUGAAGCAUGAGAAACCACCCCAGUAGCUUUAGAACAUGUGUGCUCGGCUGCGUUCCUUUUUCUGCUUCUAGUUCUCUCUGAGCCCUCAUGGUUGACAUCCCUAGGCUACCUCCAUGCUCGGGAUGCCAGCUGACCUUACUCCCAUAACGAUGCUAGGCUCUAAAUUAAUGUACACCAGCAGUUCCUCGUCUCCAUUAAAGACUUACUCACCGAUGUUUAUUGCUUUAUUCCUCUUUCCUUCCCUGGUCCCCUACCCUUGCUAAACAGCGGAAAGGGAUUACCUUCCAAUAAAGCUGUCACAGAUCUGA